GUCAAGGGCGUGCUUUCCCAACAUGCUCUGCGAAGGAUUGAAAGAUGGCGGUUGCCGCGUCUGCUCGCUGGCUAAGGGUGCGCAGCGGACUUCGCUUGCCACUCUCAGGUCAGCGAAUCUGUAUGUGUGAACGGUCACACAGUUGCAGAUUUUAUACUGGAGACAUAGUUCACCCAAAGGUUGAAGGAACUGAUGUAACAGGAAUUGAAGAAGUAAUCAUUCCAAAAAAGAAAACUUGGGAUAAAGUGGCUGUUCUUCAGGCACUGGCAUCCACAGUAAACAGGGAUCCCACAGCUACCCCUUAUGCAUUUCAAGAUGAUCCUUAUCUCAUACCAGCAUCUUCUGUGGAAUCUCGUUCAUUUUUGUUGGCAAAGAAGUCUGGGGAAAAUGCUGCAAAAUUUAUUAUUAAUUCACAUCCCAAAUAUUUUCAGAAGGACAUAGCUGAGCCUCAUAUACCGUGUUUAAUGCCUGAAUACUUUGAACCCCUGAUAGAAGAUAUAAGUGAAGCUGCCCUGAAGGAACGAAUCCGGCUCAGAAAAGUCAAAGCUUCUGUGGACAUGUUUGAUCAGCUCUUGCAAGCAGGAACUGCUGUCUCUCUUGAAACAACCAAUAGUCUCUUGGAUUUGUUGUGUUACUAUGGUGACCAAGAGCCCCCUGCCGAAUAUCAUUUUCAACAAACUCAUCAGUCAGAAGAAUUGGAAGAGGCCACAGAGGAAAAUGAGAAAUCCAAGGGGAAGACUGGUCAUCAGUUGUACACUACUUGGAAGACAAAUAACAAUGCUGAACGAAUCUUUGCUCUAAUGCCAGAGAAGAAUGAACAUUCCUAUUGCACAAUGAUCCGGGGAAUGGUCAAGCAUCGAGCUCACACACAGGCACUGAACUUGUACACUGAAUUAUUAAAUAACAGACUCCGAGCUGACGUACACACUUUUAAUGCACUGAUUGAAGCAACAGCGUUGAUAGCAAAUGAAAGAUACGAGGAGAGAUGGAUUAAUAUACUGAGUCUGCUGAACCAUAUGGUUGCACAGAAGGUGAAACCAAAUCUACAGACUUUUAAUACCAUUAUAAAACAUGUGCGAAGAUUUUAUACUUUUGGAAAACUGUCAGCCUUACAGACCUUACGUGAAAUGAAAGCCAUUGGAAUAGAACCCUCGCUUGCAACAUACCAUCAUCUUAUUCAGGUGUUUUAUCAGCGUGGAAGCUCAGUGAAGGGACAAUCACUUAUCAUCUACAGUAUAAUGAAUGAAUUAAUGGGAAAGAAAUUUUCUCCAAUGGACCCAGAUGAUGAUAAGUUUUUUCAGUCAGCUAUGAAUGUUUGCUCAACCCUCAGAGAUCUAGACCUUGCUUACCAAGUUCAUGGCCUUUUAAACACGGGAGACAACCGGAAAUUCAUUGGAUCUGAUUCUCAACGUAAUUUCUAUUAUUCCAAGUUUUUCAGUUUGCUUUGUCUCAUGGAACAAAUUGAUACCACCUUAAAGUGGUACAGAGACUUGAUACCUUCAGUGAUCAUUCCACAUUCCCAAGUGCUGAUAGAUCUUCUCCAGGCUUUGGAUGUGGCCAACCGGCUAGAAAUGAUUCCCCAGAUUUGGGAAGACAGCAAAGAAUAUGGUCACACAUUUCGCAGUGGCCUAAGAGAAGAAAUCCUGAUGCUUAUGGCAAGGGAUAAACACCCACUGGAGCUUCAGAUGGCGUUUGCUGAUUGUGCUGCUGACAUCAAAUCUACAUAUGAAAGCCAAGAAACCAAACAGGGUGCUUUCAGUUGGCCAGCCAGCGUUCUCAACCAUAUAGCUGUCCUCUUCCUAAGGGCUGAGCGAGCCCAGGAAGCCUGGAAGGUGUUGGGACUUUUUAGGAAGCAUAAUAAAAUCCCCAGGGUUGAACUGCUGAAUGAAUUUAUGGACAAUGCAAAAGUACGCAAGAGUCCUGCCCAGGCCAUUGAGCUUGUGAAGCUGGCGAGCACUUUCAGCUUGCCUGCGUGUGAGACUCUCACCCAGAGAGCAAUGACGGACUUCGCACUGGACCCAGAACAAAAGGAAGCCCUGGGCAACCAGACGGCAUUGGCAGAUGACAGUGAUGGUGAGAGCAGCAGUGACAGCGACAGUGAUGGCAAAUGAAAUAUUUAACCAUGAUCUAAAGAAAACAAGAAGAUGCAGAUUUGGUGACUUUGGGACUGUGAAGUAAGAAUGGACACAAUGCUGAAUUUAGAUUAAGCUCCUAAUGUACUUGCCAUGAAACCAUCUAGUAGGACAUCGCUCGGGAGUUACCAGUCAGGCAGCAACACUGCCACCUCAUCUCUUCUGACACCAAGUGCACAUCCUGGGGUCUGUGGCUGUUGCUGACUGGAUAAGCCCUGCAUACCCAGUGUGUUCACACUGCCAGCAUCGGUGUGCGGCUUCUCGCCAGCCUUUGCUGGCCUGCAUGCUGCUGUCGCUUCUUUGAACUUAGGGUUUCUUGAAAUUACAUCACAGUUGCUGUUUGAUCAGUAGUUUCCCAAUUAAAGGAAUAAUUAGAUGUGAAUACUUACACAUUUUAGAAUUGAUUAAAGAGGAUAACGACAGUUUUAGGCAGCACUGCUGGUGAAGACUGUAAAUAAAUGUAAUAAUCUACA